UGUGCUUUAGUGCCAGCUGGACACUUAGUGGACCAUUUGAGUUCAGGACAAUCAUGGCUUUUAGGAUAUUCUACCUUGUCUUGGUCAUCCUGGUGCUGGGGGUGACAAAAGCAGCCAGAAAGAUGCCCAAACUGGCAGAUGCCAAGCUCUGUGCCGACGAGGAAUGCAGUCAUCCUAUUUCUAUAGGUGUAGCAUUGGCUGAUUACAUCCCUCAGGACUGCCGAUUCAUUCCCAUCAGACGUGGGCAAACCAUAUAUAUCUACGCCAAACUGAAGGGUAGAGGGCGGUUAUUCUGGAUGGGCAGUGUACAAGGUGAUUAUUAUGGAGAGCACGCUGCCCAGUUGGGGUAUUUUCCAAGCAGUAUUGUGGAAGAGGAACAUUAUUUGAUGCCAGGGAAAGUUGAGGUGAAAACUGAUCAAUGGGAUUUCAGCUGUCACUGAGUGCUGUCUUGCGAUAUAUUACCCAUGAGUCUUUGGUUUAGCAAGUACCCAGGCAUCACAAAUCGGAUAUUUACUUUUUAUUUUAAGUGCUUUGAGAUAUAAUAAUAUACUGUUGUAUUCAUAUAACAAACCUUCUCUAAAUAAAAUUAUUUAACCCAUUACAUAAA